AUGUAUCCUUCUAUUGCCUCGAUUCGAGAGGAUGGCACAGAAGUACCUGUGGUACUCUCACCCCAGGCUCGUGAGCUUCUAUUUGCUUUGUACUAUUAUGCCGAAGAAUAUAAGGAGGUGGAUGCAGACUUUCGACUGUUUUAUCUUACUGCGCAUCAGCAAAUUCCGGAAACGGUGGGCAUCAAUUUUUGGGCUAGCCUAGAGGCUUUGCGCAAGGACUUGGAGAACACUCUCUGCCAUCAUCUUGGUCCGCGGUCUUUGGAGAAAUCCGAAUUGGACGGCACGACCGACUCCGAUGCACCGCCGCAGAAGAAGACGGUUGGGGACGAAAUUAUUGAUGAAACUCCAUUUAACGCUUUGAAUAAAGUUGUGGAGAUUAUUGAUACAACCCCCUUGGUGGAGCAGAGCACCUGCAUGGACGCUGAUAGCGAUGGAGAGGGAUUUGGUCUCAUCCUGCCAGGUAGUGACAGAGGCGGCGCUGCACUGGCGUCCCCGCAAGAGCGAGCUGUUGAGCCUAAAAGGGCCGAUUUCAAUAUCUUAAAACACAAUAUUCAUGAUUACUUGUUUCCCCCUCCUGAAGAAGAGGCUGAAUCGCCCACGGCGCCGGCGAAAAAUGAAUGCAAUGAAAUUUCGUUACUGGACACAGAUGCUGGUAAAAGCAAGGAUAAGGGAGAAAUUCCAGCGGCAUGGGUGACUCUUGAUGAAAAAAUUAGAGCCAUCUUAGGUCCACAUGCGUCGUUACUAGAGGCCUUUAAGGCGAAUAAGGGCCCGAAUAUCUCGGAAGAGCAGCGAGGUAAGCGGCAGCGCUUUAAGAAGGAGGCAGUAUCAUAUUCAGCAUCACGUGGACUUCUCCCCUUUGACGAGGUUGUGGAAUUAAUGUAUAAACAUUGUUUUGCCACCUAUGCUGUUUCCUGUUGUGGUGGGGCGCGCUUCUCGCUUGUAGAGGCGCUAACGCAAUCUGGAGACAGUACCACCGUGGACGGCAUUUUGAAUUCACUGGAGCACCUCACAAAGGUUGGUUGGUUUCCUCCUUCAGAGACGCAGAUGCGACGUUUGCGAUUUGCCGUAGGAAUGGAUCAACCAUCUCCACUUCUGCGCUUUACGGAUUUCUUUGACGUCGAUUCCCGCUACGGUCUACCCACACAUUUCCAUGAUGAGUAUCUGCAGUUAACGUUGGAUACCUACAUGGAGCAGCAAGAAGGUUGGAUGAAUGCCAUGCUAAAGUCUAUUAUUCCGAACGAUGAGGCGGAGCCUCUGCAGAAUAUUGAUGAACUGGAUGCGAGUAUCCCUUUUCCACGCCUUCGAAAAGGAGUUUUAAGUGUCUUUCAACGAAUAUUGCAAAGUCCUGAACAGGGAAAUACGCUUGCAAAGCAUUUUCUUCACUACUGUGAUUUGUUGCGCGAGGAUGAGGAUGUCCGCCUUGAGCAGUUUACGGAUGCUCCUAUUUUUAUCAAUACUCGUCCACUAUCUCAGUCCGACUCCAACGCUAAGUUUGACAGGCUGCGGAGACGACGAUGGCCCGUUGAGGAAGAGUCCGCGUCGUGCUCUCUGUUGCAUCUCUCUUUAGCGGUUCGCAUGACCUACAUUGUAUGGGGUUCAUCUUCGCUUCCUUCGGCGAGACUGGCGGGGCCGGUGCUCUCCUCAUCCUCCGCUGAGAAGCUAGAGAGCAUGGAUUUGUGCGAUGAGCACGAUGUCACCUCCACAUGCGGGCAUGAUGAUGUGUUUGUAGCAAAAGUCGAGCAGGAGUUUUCGGACGCGGUACGCCGAGUUAAAACCGGGGUGAUGCAGCACAACGCCUUGCGUCAAUUGGCUCUGGAGAUGUCUCCAACUAUGAACGAAACAGAAACAAAGUUUGCGCCGUUGAAUUUGAACGGAUCCUUUAAAAGCAAGUUUGUGUCACCGGACACCCUUGAAGCCAGCCUCAACAUUCGCCGUCUUUAUGCUCCCUGGGAGGAAGAACAACAAUCGAUGCUGCAGACACGAGGAAGCGUGGCCCGCAGCGGGCGACGUUCCAAGGCCUUACGCGGCGCGACGUCCUCACCGUUCGCGGCCAACUUGACGGAAGACAAACCUGUGGCUGAGGUGUAUACACCGGAAGUGGCGUCUCUGGCCCGAUUUUUGCGCCUCGGCCGUGCAGGUAAGUCCAAGAGUGAAAAGAAGAAAAAGGGGAAACCAACCAAAGAGUUUCAGGAAACGCAACCAAUCCCCUUCACUUUGUGUGCGUCUUAUGAGACUGAAUAUAUGACUCAUCAAAAACGGCUUGCGAAUUUGCUCGUAGAGGCGGCAAAGAGGCCGGAGCCUCGCCGCACGGAUUCCACCGAGGAGGCGGAGGCGGAGGCGGAGGCGGAGGCGGAGGCGGGGCCCCAUUUACAGUUCAGCAAAGAGGCGCGAACGGCGUCAUCCAACUUUGCACCAGCCGAGGACCGUUCCCGUUCUAUUGACAGCAGUGCCCUGGAACCAGCUCCAGUUCCGGAUGAAGACUCAGGCAAUCUUAUUGGACUACCAGAUGUCAUUGGGGAGAGAGGUGAUAGAAAUGCAACAAACCAGCAGAAUGAAAUGAGAAAAAAAACAGUACCUGGAAUUCUUGUCUCGAUGCGGCAGGUGCACGCCGGAUGUGCAACCUUGAGCCUGAUGUAA